GUAUCAAGUUGUGCAUUCUACUAAAAAAAAAAAUGAAUUUGUUCUCGUUUUGUUUGUUCUCGGUGUUAAGUGUUAACAUUUUGGUGUUUUUGAUGUUGGACGUUAAUGUCGUGCAGGCACAAGAACCAGCAUUUGAAUUGCCAGUCGAAUUGGUCGGAUUUCCAAUCAUCAUAGUUGCUGUCCGAUUAUCUAACUUCGUCAAGAAAUUGGCGUACUCUCUAAAUCCAAAAACUUAUGUGGGCAGAGCGAAGAGGGAGAUAACUUCCACUGAAAUGAUCAACAUGAUAGAAGCUGAAAAACGAUUGGUACAAGCACUCGGGGAGAACGUUUGCAUUUACAGGAAGGUGUGCCUCCAUCACGCCGAGAAGGCCCAGAAAACUGUGGGAAGGAGACAAAACCUGGUGGUGGAUUGGGAUGAGGUGUUCAGUAAUUACAAGGAGUCGAAGGAGGCGCAGAAGGAAUAUUAUCUGCUCAGCGUGUUCUUAGGAGAUUUUAUUGCUUCACCUAAAUUCUGCAACCAGUUAGCCAAACGAGGAAGAGAAUGCGCGGCAUAAUUUAUCGGCUAGUAAAUUGAAACUUUUACUGUUUUUAGGGGGAGUAUUGUCCUGUGUGUGAUAGAAAAUUGUGUCAAGGAUUUCAAAAAUGGAAUCUUGUGAAUCAAAACAAUAUAAAUUUGUAUCGAGUGUAAAUUAUUGUAUUUUUUUUUUGUUGUUGUUCCCUGUGCAUUUGGUUGUAGUGAUUAAUGUAUUUAUAAUUUU